UAAAAUUUGGACGUUUGCUUUGUUUUGAUUUGAAUUUGUAUUUGUAACGCUUUUACCUCUAAGACUAUUGUAGCAUAAUAAGAUUAACUGCGUGACUACUGACUGUUAGCAAUAAUUGAAGCAAUUUCUGAGGAAGUUAUAUGAAUUUAAUUUAAUUGACUGACUGACCUCAUGCCGUCCAAUUCAGUGUCGUUGCCCACGCGUUGUUAUGAGCAAUCAUGCAAUACUUGUUAUAGUGAUAGGAAGUAAAUGACUCCAGAAUUGGAAGAGACCUUACAGUGUGCAGUCAACCGAGUUACAGGAUGUCUCGUUUAAGGCCUCAAUGGCAGUUACAAGCUUUAGCAGCACAGAAGAGAGACAAUGAACUUCGUCGUGCAGAAGAACUUAAGAAAGUGGCCAGUUACUUUGAACUCAAUACCAAUAAGUCUAGACACCAUGAACAGUGGACAACAGAAGGUUACUAUGAAAGGGCUAAUAAGGAAGCAGGGUUACUAAGUGAAAAGAAAAUAAGAGCUUCUCAAUUGGAGGAGCGACGAAAGAAACUUGAGGCAAUGUUGUUUCAAGAAAAUCUACAGUACAAAGAGGAAUUAAAAACCCUUGCAGCGCAGCCUAAAUAUUUCAAAAACGGGUCGUAUCUUAACAAUGUCUCUUCAUCUACCUUUCAAGAUAUAAACGAAGGUAUUAGAGAAAAGGAGGAGCAACUAAGAAAACAAGAGGCGGAACUCAAACUAUACCAUGCUUGGAGAUUGAGACAACCCGAGUUGAGAGCCGCAAGCUCUUACAUUGCUAAUGGAAGAUUGAAGUCUGCUUGGAUGGAACAAAUUGUUGAAAAAGAGAUGCAAAAGAAGAAAGAAGAUGAGGACACGCGGAAAAUUCUGCAAGAAAGAGACGAGGCGCUCCGUCGCCAGAUACAGAUAGAAGAAGAGAGACUGAGAGAGAAGGAGCUACAGAUGAAGGAGCUCCGAAAUAGUCUAGAAGGACAAAUAGCAGAGUUAAGCGAAAAGGAAACAAUAGUGAAAAAACUUCGAAAACUCGAAGAGAAAGAAAGGAUGAAACUAGAAGAAUUACAAAUCAUAUCAAGUGAAAGAGUCAAAGAGCAUGCAAAGCUCGUGGCAGAAAGAGACGUACAUAUAGUGAAUAUGGGCUUACAUAAGUAUAAGUUGAAGAGGAAAGUUAUAUCAGUUAUAAGCGAGAUUGAACUGGAUUUGAGAAUGUUGGAACAGAUACGAAGGAGUAUUCUGAAGGAUUAUGAAAUGGAACGAGAAUUAUGCGCAAAUCACAAACGUGUUUUGGACGCGGCGUUACUGGAAUUAGAAGAGUACAGGGACAAAGAGAGACAGAGACAGAAAAACAUCGAAACAAUGUAUGACGGUGAAGCGAGACAGAUAAACGACAAACAGGACAAGCUAUGGGCGAAAGAACGAGAAGCUCGUUGUAACCUCAUGCAGGAAGUAGUUGAAGCUCUCAAGAAGCAAAUGGAGGAGAAGAUAGAAGCUAAUAUUAAAAUGCAAAAAGAAAAUGUCCUCGAACGGGAGAAGAUUCUAGAACAAAUGGAGAACUUCCAUCAAGAAGUACAGGCUCAAGAAAGAGAUACUCAGUUAAAGAGCACAUCAUAUUCAGCGAUAACGGCUCUCCAAUCUCAGCUGAACGGUCUUCGUCUCCAGAAGGAACAAAUGGAGAAAGUCGCGACCCGGGAGGCCGAGUUGCGUGAAGCAGCCUCGCAUGAACGUUUGUUGCGCACUGAAAUCGCACGAGCUCAAAGGGAAGGAAAUACGCAGGCUUGGGCAUAAUAUUGUGACCCUUUUUUCUUAAUAGUUAAAGUGUGUUUUUGAUUACCUCGAUGUGAUUUUAACUCAUAUUUCCUAUAUUUGUGUA